GGUGCCGCCGCCCUCGCCCUGGGCAAGCAGAUCCUGGUGGUGGGCGGCGUGGACGCGGCGCAGAGCCCCCUCGCCUCCGUCGAGGUCUACCACGUGGAUGAGGGCAAGUGGGAGAAGAAGGCGGCACUGGCUCAGCCCUCCAUGGGCAUCUCAGCUGUGCAGAGAGAUGGGGCUGUCUAUGCGCUAGGGGGAAUGGGUGCAGACACCUCUCCCCAGGCGCUGGUGCGCGUCUACGAGCCAGCAAAGGACCACUGGCAACCCUUGCCCUCCAUGCCCACCCCCUGUUAUGGGGCUUCCGCCUUCCUGCAGGGCAACAAGAUCUUCGUCCUGGGGGGUCGGCAGGGCAAGCUGCCUGUCACUGCCUUCGAGGCCUUCGACCUGGAGACGAGGAGCUGGACGCGUUACCCCA